CUCCGGAGCACUCGGCUCUGCUGCUCUUCAGGGCUUGUGAUUUCUUGCUGACUGCCUGGAGCUGCUGCCGCUGGAGUCCAUGGCGUACACCGUGACUCCCACGCCGGCGGGGCCUGUUGGCUCCCAGUACUGUGUCUGCAAAGUCGAGUUGUCCGUCUGCGGCCAAAACCUUCUGGACAGGGAUGUCACUUCCAAAUCUGACCCCUUCUGCGUCCUCUUCAUGGAAGUCAACGGGAAGUGGGUGGAGCUCGACAGGACAGAGACAGCCGUGAACAACCUCAACCCAGCUUUCGCCAAGAAGUUCAUUGUUGACUACCACUUUGAAGAAGUGCAGAAGCUCAAGUUUGCCCUGUUUGACCAGGACAAGUCGAGCAUGCAGCUGUAUGAGCAUGACUUCCUGGGCGAAUUCUCCUGCACGCUGGGCACGAUCGUCUCCAGCAAGAAAAUAACAAGGACUCUCCUUUUGGGGAAUGGCAAGCCGGCUGGGAAAGGGAUGAUAACGAUAGCUGCCCAAGAGCUCUCGGACAACAGGGUGAUUACUCUGAGCAUGGCCGGCAGAAAACUGGAUAAAAAGGACCUGUUUGGAAAGUCAGACCCCUUCUUGGAGUUUUAUAAACCAGGUGACGAUGGGAAAUGGAUGCUGGUCCACAGAACAGAGGUGAUCAAGUACACACUGGACCCCGUCUGGAAGCCGUUCACUGUGCCUCUGGUGUCACUGUGCGAUGGAGAUGUAGAGAAGCUGAUAAAGGUGAUGUGUUACGACUACGACAGUGAUGGGGGACACGACUUCAUUGGGGAGUUUCAGACCUCGGUGGCCAGGAUGUGCGAAGCCCAAGAUGCCUUUCCGCUUGAGCUAGAGUGCAUUAACCCCAAAAAGCAGAAGAAGAAAAAGAAUUACAAGAACUCUGGGAUCAUCAUUGUCAAGUCCUGCAAAAUAACCAGAGAUUUCUCCUUCCUGGACUACAUCCUGGGAGGCUGCCAGCUGAUGUUUACCGUUGGGAUUGACUUCACAGCCUCCAACGGGAACCCGCGAGACCCCUCCUCUUUGCACUAUAUCAACCCCAUGGGGACAAACGAGUACUUGUCGGCUAUCUGGGCCGUCGGCCAGAUCAUCCAGGACUAUGACUCAGACAAGAUGUUUCCUGCUCUGGGAUUCGGCGCCCAGCUCCCGCCGGACUGGAAGGUAUCCCAUGAGUUCGCCAUUAACUUCAAUCCCACGAACCCGUUCUGUUCAGGUGUGGAGGGCAUUGUCCAAGCGUACUCGGCCUGCCUGCCCCACAUCCGCUUCUACGGACCCACCAACUUCUCCCCCAUCGUCAACCACGUGGCCCGCUUCGCAGCUCAGGCCACCCAACAGGAGGCUGCAUCCCAAUACUUCAUCCUCCUCAUCAUCACGGACGGGGUGAUCAGCGACAUGGACGAGACGAGACACGCCGUGGUGCAGGCGUCCAAGCUGCCCAUGUCCAUCAUCAUCGUGGGGGUGGGCAACGCCGACUUUGCCGCCAUGGAGUUCCUGGACGGGGACAGCCGGGUGCUGCGCUCCCACACCGGCGAGGAGGCCGUGCGCGACAUCGUCCAGUUCGUGCCCUUCCGGGAUUUCCGCAACGCCCCCAAGGAGACCCUGGCCAAAGCCGUUCUGGCAGAGCUGCCCCAGCAAGUCGUGCAGUACUUCAAGCACCAAAACCUGCCGCCCAUCAACUCGGAGCCCGCGUAGAGCUGUGCCAGGCUGCGCCCUCUGCAUGUUGCCGAAGCCUGUUGGUCCUACCGAAAGCGCAUGUUCCACAUGCUUUUAAGAGAAGAGUAC